AAUAGUAUUGCUGUUAUUUGUAUUAGCAAUGUGAUAAUAGCCAUGUUAAAAUGUCGAGGAUCGGACGCCAAGGUAAAAUAUAGAACCCGAGUUGGGUAGUAGCUGGGUUCAUCAUCCCUUCUAAUUCUACUAUCAAUGUGCUGGAAAAUUUGCAAAUCCUAAACUUGAAAACCCAUUUGUUAUGCAUGUUAAGUUCUGUUGCACUAAAUACUUCAAUCAUACGCAGUUUUCUGCGAAUUCUUGUGUUCCCAAACGGUAAUAUGAUGAUUCUCCUCUCUGCGGCGCCAAAGUUAGUUAUGGGCAAUCUCUCCAAUGCUCAAUAUGGCGGUUUCUUUUGGUUGCUCUCCUUAACUAUGAUGGAGGUUGUUAGGAGUAUGUCGGGAUCAUUAGUUUUCCUGCUACUAUUGUGGAUCUCCUACUGAGUAAGCAUGUAGUUUUUCCCGUGGGGGAAUUAUUUUCUGUUGUAGAUGUCUACUGCUUUCCCAGUUAUUGUUUGGGUGUCUCUACUUGGAGUGUAACACUUUAGUUUUCAAGUUGUGUUACCAAAUGGAAUAUUUUUCCAUUUUGGAUUAUGAAAUCAGAAGGUGCUGCCUUUGGUACUACUCUUAUUUCACACAAACCAGAUUGCUGAUUCACAAUAUUUUUUUACCUGAAGGAAUUGAUCUGGUAGAUGAAAUCAAGGGGAAGGAGGAAGAGAAAGAUGCCUAUAAUUUUAAUUGUUUUGCUUAUAGUGAUGGGAGUUUUUGCCAAAAACAUCAUAGACAUGAAGAUGGAUGGAGACAGUGUGAUGUAUGUGAAAGGAGAGUUCACUGUGGAUGCAUUAUGUCACUCCAUCUAUUUGAAACAAAUGACACACGUGGUGUAACCUGCAAGAAAUGCCUUGAUAAAAUGAGUCCUGUGGUAUCAAUUAGAGGCACUUCUUCUUCAACUUUGGAUGAAUCUUGCAGCUCUAAAAGCGUCACUGGAUUAUAUCUUUUGGCAGCCAUUGGGAGUGCUAUUGAGUACUCCGUUGCAGACCCUACUAUCUCUGCCGAACCCACCACUGCUAGGGUUGUCUCUGCUAAUCCCACCAUUAGGGAUGCCCCUGCUGAUCCCACCAUUGGGGAUGCCCCUGCUGUCAGUGAGGAUGAUCAUAACCCCGCCACUAUCAUCGGGGAUGCCCCUGCUGACCUCGCCACUGGGGAUGCCGCUACAGACAAUUCCAUCAUCGCGGAUGCCACCUUUGCUGACCCUGCCACCAGGGAUGUCCCUGCCAAGCUAGCCAUCAUUGGGGAUGUUGUUAACCCCUCCAUUCCCGCCACCAUCAGGGAUGCCCUUGCUGUCCCUGCCAACACCAAGGAUACCCCAGACCCCGUCAUCAUAGGAGAUGCCCCUUUUGCCCCCACCAUCACCAGGGAUGCUCCUAGGGAUGCCAUUAUCGGGGAUGCCCCUACCACCAUUAUUCAGUAUGCUCUUGCUCUCCCUGACCCAACCAUCACCGAGGAUGCUCUUGUUGACCCCACCAUCACUGGGGAUGGUCUUGCUAAUCCCACCGUCAUCGAAGAUGCCCUUGCUGCUCCUGCCAUCAUUAGGGAUGCCCCUGCUGACCCCGUUAUCAUCAAGGAUACCCUUGUUAGCCCUACCGCCACCGGGAAUGUCCUUGCAGACCCUUCCAUGGAUGAUGCCUCUGCCGAUCCUAUCGUCGGGGAUGCCAUCAGGGAUGUAUCCGUGGACCCCUCCACCAUCAAGGAUACUUUUGUGAGCUUUGCAAUCAUCGGUGACGCCCCUGCACACCCCGCUGUAAGCGAUGCCUCCGGGAAUGCCUCCUCUAGGGACCCCUCCAUCAUAGGGGAUGCUUCUGCGGACCCUUCCAUCAUCGGGUAUGCCUCUGCUAAGCCCACCAUAAUCAGUGAUGUGGACCCCGUCAUCGUCGGUGAUGCCUCUAUCGAUCCCACCAAUGUCAGGGAUGCGGACCCCGUAAUCAUCAGGAAUGCCAUUACUGACUUCUCCACUAGGGAUGACUCUACUUUCCCGGUCGCCGAGGAUGUCUCUGUGGAACUUGUUGCCGGGGGUGUCUUUGGGGAUCUUGCCACUGGAGCGGACCCCACCAUUAGGGAUGCCUUCAACUCUAUUGAAGAUGGUUUUGCCUCCAACCCUAUUGACCUAGCCACUGAGUAUGCUUCGGUAUACCCUCCUAUCAUCGGGGAUGCCUAUUUUGAUCCUAUCACCGAGGAUGCCUAUUACCCUACCAUUGAGGAUACCUUAGCAGACUCUUUCACUGUGAUUAAUUAUGCUUUCUCUUCUGUUGACCCGACUAUUGGGGAUAACUCUGAUGUUACAGACUCUACCAUCGGGGCUGUCUUUGGCCCUGCUGCCACCUCUGCUGUUGCCACUGGGGAUGACCCUGUUGCCUCUGCCUCUGACAUUGGGGAUGGCUUUGACUCUUCUACCUUCAGGUGUGCCAAUCCUGUCAUUGGGAAUGCAUGUGCAGAUCAUUCAGUUAGUGCUGUAUCUGCUGAAGGACCUGAAGCUCCUGAACCCGGGACUGAUUAGUGAGCUUAGAAGCCCUUGGUGCAACCUCAGGCAUAUGCUUCUUUGUGCCGAUUGUUGCUUCAAUUCUUCUUAAAUAUGAAUAGCAUAAAAAAAAAUAAAAAAAAUAAAACUCCAUUAGGUGAAUAAACUUGUGCUACUUUGCUGGUUUUUAUAUGUUUUUCUUUUUUCUAGUCAGUUCGUGGGUGUUUUCAAAGAUAAUACUGGCGUGUUUAAUAUGAGAUUGGUAAGACCUAAAAAUUUAUUUUGGACCUACAAUUUCGUGUAAUUUUUAUUUUUUCCUGAAGCCUCUUUUGCUUCUUAUUACUUAUUAGACUUCCCUGCGACCCUGCCUUAGCUCUCCAAGUUCCAAUGGUAUACGUCAACUUCAAAAGUGGAUGUGACGUAAUUUGUGUACUUCUUGUGGCACUCGGAUAUGUGAAAAGCUCAAAUUCUUCGUGAAGAGGAAAUGUUCCUAAGAUAAUACGGAGUACAAUUUUUGCCUGUCUGCUACCAUUGCUACAAAUUGAACAUUCUAAUUUGAAUGGCACGAACUCAGGACCGUGUUCAAAUCUACCAACACAAUGGUUAAUAAUUUCUGUUUUUCUUUUACCCAAUACACACACACACACAAAAAAAAAAAAAAAAAAAAAAAAAAAAAAAAAAAAAAAAAAAAAAUCUACAUUAGAUGCCAUGUCUUUUUUAAACUGUGGAGAAUUUCCAAUUAUGCCAUGAUUCGCAGAAGUGGAAAUGGAAAACUGGUAGUAAAUACUCUCUCUGUCCCAGAUUACUUGCAACAUUUUGAUUGAACACGCUUGCCGAUGCACAUGUUUGACUAUUAAUAUCUUUUAUUAUAUAUUUAUAAAAGGUAUAAAAAGUUUAUAUUAAGAAAUUAUACAUUAAAAGAGACCCAACAACAUCUUACAUGAUUACAUUGGCUUUCAUAUAAUAGUUAGAAAAGAUGGUCAAAAUUAGAUGUGUGAAUAGUGCAAAAAGUCAAAAUGUUGCGAGUAAUUUGGAACAGAGGGAGUAGUAAUUAAAAAAUUAAAAAAAUAAUUAACAAAAUUCAAUUUUAGUCAGUCAGGAAAUCAUUUUUAUUCAAAUUUCUCAAGCUAAAAACCACUAAUAUAUGAAGUACGAAGUAUUACUUUAAUAUAUUUGUAAUCAUAAAAAAUUGUGUUUAACUUAGGAGUGUUUGGUUGGAUGUAAAAUGUUUUUACUGUAUAAAAAUAAUGUUUCCGGUUUCUCUAAUUUGUAAAAUGAUUUUAUUGAAAAGGAAAAAAUAUCUAAAUUUUCACUCUCUCCCUCUUUCCUCCGAUAGUCUCAUCUAUCUUCAUCCUUUCAUUUUCAUUUUCAUUUUCUUAUAAGAAUACUAUCAAAGAAAAAGUAGUUUACGAUUGUGUUUUUACGUCAAAAAUGUUUUUCAUGAAAAAUAUCUUUUUGUAAAAAAAAUUGUAUUUCAUCAAACCAAACAAAUCUUUCAUUCAAAGAAUACUAUUAAUAAAGAAUAAACAUUAUUUAAUGUAUAUUAAGUUGAUCCAUACAAACUCAUACGGAGUAAUAUUUUGUACAUCGCAUCGAACCAAAACAAAGUUGUAUCUUCUUGUUAAAAAAAAAAAAAAAAAAAAAA